CGCUGCUAUUCUGGCAUUACGUCAAUGGUGGUGGUCUCAUUCGUUGGUUCGGGAGGAGUUGCCGUGUGACCGCCAUUGUUACAACUCCGUCGUAUUUUCCGGAACUUGGAAGAUCCCGAUAGAAUCGCCUGACCGAGUUCGCAUCACCACGAAGCCGCGUAUCUUUCGGACCGGGAUACUUCAAGUAACCGAACGCCAAGUCCUCGGCGUAGCAUGUCCACGAUGAAUCCCGAGUACGAUUAUCUAUUUAAAUUGCUUCUAAUUGGGGAUUCUGGUGUUGGAAAGUCGUGUCUCCUGUUGCGUUUUGCUGAUGACACAUAUACAGAAAGUUAUAUCAGCACCAUCGGUGUAGAUUUUAAGAUUCGAACCAUUGAUCUAGAUGGAAAAACGAUAAAACUGCAAAUUUGGGAUACAGCAGGUCAAGAACGAUUCAGGACAAUUACAAGUUCAUAUUAUCGAGGUGCGCAUGGUAUUAUUGUUGUUUACGACUGUACGGACCAGGAGACUUUUAACAAUGUAAAACAGUGGUUGGAGGAAAUUGAUCGUUAUGCUUGUGAUAACGUCAAUAAGCUGUUAGUCGGCAAUAAAUGUGAUCUUCACACUAAAAAAGUAGUCGAUUACACAACGGCCAAGGAGUAUGCGGAUCAACUUGGUAUACCAUUUUUGGAAACAUCGGCGAAAAAUGCGAUGAAUGUAGAGCAAGCUUUUAUGACAAUGGCUGCCGAAAUAAAACUCAGAGUUGGCCCACCCUCAAGCGGAGCGAGUGAUCCAGCCAACAAGGUGAAAAUAGAGCAUGGACGUCCAAUUGAAUCUUCUAAAUCUGGAUGCUGCUGAGAAUUAUAAUCUAAUAUCCCGUUUAACCAAAAACAUCUAAUGGUUGCGGUCCGGUUACUGCAAAAUUAAACUUAAUACUGGAAGAACUAUAAGAACAUGAAGAAGUUUCAGUUUAUGCCAACCAAAAAAAAAAGGAAGAAAUCUAACACACACUCAUGGACCACCAACUCUUCUUCGGAGUUGUACAAAACUUUUGUCCGCCUGCCCUGAAUUUCGUUUUUGUAAUUACAUAUCUUUCUUUCCAAAGAAGAAAGGACGUGAAUCACUCGACGCCAUUUUUUCUAGCAUCAAGUUCGACUCGAGAUAAAUUUGUCGAAUUAGCAUUGAUAAUGACGUGCGAGUGUAAGCGUGCGUGUAAUAAGGGCAACUCGAAGCUUUUAAGAAGUAAAUUGAAAUAAUAUUGUGUAUGGUGGUUAUAAAGAUAAGUACAUUCGUUUUUUUUUUAGCCUAAUUGUAAUAUGGAGUACGUUUUGGCCCAGUGUCUAGCUCGCACGAAGCCGCUUCUAUUCCUCUAUACUAUAAUCCAGAAACGUUUUCCCAUUUUUCGUUUUGUUUUCUCCGUUUAUUCCCACAGAGAUGCGCGCAGAUGUUUAGAAUCAUUAUUUUCCUCCCUCUAGCAAGAUUUCCCCCGCGAAACGAUGCGCCGCCCUUCCUUUUCUUCUUACACAGCUCAUUAGUGUAAUUUAUAAUAACAUUAAUAAAUAUUUCAACACUAAAACUCGGACGCAUACGUAGCAUACCUUAUAUAUUAAAUAUAAAUAUAUAUAUAUGCAUAUAUGUACAAUGUGUAUUCGAGAGAUAUCGCCCGCGUUUAUAAACGAGCGCAUCAAGCCAAACGAAAGAAGUGCGGAAUCUCCGUUUGCAUCCUCUUGAAUUCUGUCGUUCGAUCGCUCCUGCGUCAUUCUUUUUUUUUCACAAUUCAAGAUGUGAUCCGAGAAUCGAUAAGAAGGUUUAUUAUGGAGUUCCAGAUCGCGUAAAGAAAAAAAACGUGGGAUGUUUUAUACGAGAUAAGAUGUUACGCAGUUACAUAUUUAAUCUAAAAUCGUAUCUUUGUAUCGUGAGAAAAGCUAUUGUGACGGGUAUACGAUAAAUAACGGCACUCGAUUACAAAUAUAGUAACUGUAAUUAUAUAUAAAAUGCGAAAAGGAGAAUAAAAUACGACUGUCUAAAACGAAA